CGCCGUUCCCACUCUCUCACUCUCUCUCCCUACCUUCUUCUUCUUCUUCUUCUUCUUCUUCUUCAUCAAAACCACCACUGUAAACUGUACCUACCCUUUUUAACAACCAGAGAAAGCAUUUCACAUUGUUCAGCCAUUAAUACCUCCCACCCCAAAAGCGUGAUAUCGAACCCGGCCUCACUCGACACGUUGCCAUUGCUACUACUUCACAGUACUCGAUCUCUAGCACUCCCACACCCAACAACAAAUUUAUCAAAAUCGUGAAUUUUCCCUAGCUAUCAUUCUCUCGAAAUGGAGCUGAGUAAGGUGACCUUGGAGAUCUUCACGAAGCUCGAGCAGCAAUGGCUCUCUCACUGCGAGGCCUCCAAGAAGACACGGAUUCUCAGCAUUGACGGCGGCGGAACCACCGGCAUUGUCGCCGGACAAGCCCUUAUCCAUCUCGAGGACCAGAUCCGCCUCAAGACCCGCGAUCCCCACGCUCAAAUAGCCGAUUUCUUCGACCUCGUCGCCGGAACCGGAAUCGGAGCAGUCCUCGCCGCCAUGCUCGUCGCCGAUGACGGCUCCGGCAGGCCUCUGUACACUGCUAGAGAUGCUGUAAACUCGGUCGCCGAGAAGAGCGAGAAUUUGUUCAAGGCUAGGGUGGUAGGAGUUUUCCGCCGUGGCCGGAGAUACUCCGGCGGAAGCAUGGACAAGGCGCUGACGGAGCUGCUGACCAGGGAGGACGGCAAGGUCUUGACUCUCAAGGACACGUGUAAGCCUCUCCUGGUCCCCUGCUACGACUUGAAGAGCUCCGCACCGUUCGUUUUCUCCCGCGCCGACGCUUCCGAGUCGCCGAGUUUCGACUUCGAGCUUCGCAAAGUCUGCCGCGCCACGUCAGCGACGCCGAGCCUGUUCAAGCCGUUCGACCUGAGCUCGGUGGACGGAAAGACGUCGUGCUCGGCCGUGGACGGAGGUCUGGUCAUGAACAACCCGACGGCGGCGGCUGUGACGCACGCGCUCAACAACAAGCGUGACUUCCCCUCCGUCAACGGCGUGGAGGACUUGCUCGUUUUGUCCUUGGGGAACGGGCCCCUGAGCGGACGGCAGCCCCGCCGUGACGGCGAGUGCUCUCCCACUUCCGUCGUUGACAUUGUGCUUGACGGCGUUUCCGAGACCGUUGACCAGAUGGUGGGGAACGCCUUCUGUUGGAACCGUACGGACUACGUCAGAAUUCAGGCCUUUGGAUUGGGUAGUGACGGAGAUGUGGGGCGGAGAUCAGAGCAAGUGGCGGUGUUGAAAGAGAGAGGAGUGGAGACGUUACCGUUUGGCGGGAAGCGGUUACUUACGGAGACAAACGGAGAGAGAAUCGAGGGUUUCGUGCAACGACUCGUGGCUUGUGGAAGGAGCAGUUUGCCACCAAGUCCGUGCAAGAAUUCGGCCGUUAGCCCUCUCGCUAACGGUUGUUAGUUAAUUAGCACGGAUUUUAUUUUUAAUUUGUAGGUUUGGGAAGUUGUAAUUUUGUAAACCAAGCUCAGGUUCAUGGUAGCAGGCUAGCAGCUAAUAAUAACCCCGCCACCUGUCGAGUUCUACCGGAAGUUCUAAAUUCUAAUCACCUAACUAAUCGGCGCGAUUGAACUUUAAAUUUCCUUCUUAAAGUUUAACAUGUUUUUGCUGCCUAG